AUGACCCCUCGCAAAGGGCGCGAUCGCCGCCCGAACAACCACAACCACAACCACAGCCACAACAACCACCAUCAGCCCCCGCAGCCUUCUGACUAUGAGUCGGACACGCCUUACUACUUCUCCGAUACCCAGCAGCAGCAGCAGCAGGCUGCGGCAGAGACGCUGCCUCCGCCGCCGACGCGCUCCAACGAGGAGCUCAACCUCUCCGUGCUGCGCCGGCACAACCCCGCCAUCACCUCGAUCCUGUCCCUGGCGCCGUACGCGGUCGUCUACGUCUUCAGCCCGGAGACGCGGCAGUGGGAGAAGAGCGGCGUCGAAGGCGGUAUGUUUGUGUGCCAGCUGACGCAGGGAUCCCUGGGGGAGGAGCGCUACGGGGUCUUUGUGCUCAACCGGCGGGGGCUCAACAACUUCGACAUCCGGCUGACGGGCGGCGAGAACGUCGAGAUCACGGACGAAUUCGUCAUCCUGAAGACGGACGACGACGACGACCACAACGCCGUCGGCGGCGAGGCCCCGUCGUCGCAGAUCUACGGCCUCUGGAUCUACUCGGAGCCGCCGCCCAACUCGACCGCCGAGACGCGCACGCUCAACGCCCAGGUCAUCAAGGAGUGCGCCGUCCAUGCGGGCGAAAGCCUCAAACUGGCGCGCGAACGGGCCGAGGCCGAACGCCAGAAUGGUCACCCCCAGGAGAUGUACUCCAGCGUGCCCAUGGGCCGGCAGAUGUCGUUGAAGGAGCUCUUUGGGCAGCAGCGCGCCCAGGAUGACGAGUGGAGUGUGAAGGUGCACAGUCGCGGUCCGGCAGAACCAGAGCAGCAGCAGCAGCAGCAACCAUUCUGGGGACAGACGCAAGUGCCAGCGCCAGGCCCGGCACCAGCCACGCAGACCCAAGCCGGCGGAGACGUUCUGGGGGAGCUGUUUCGGAGGGCCGGACUGGCGUAUCAGAGUGGGUAG